AUGCCUACGAUUAAAUACCGUCCACCAAAUGCACCCUAUCACAUAGCUAUUCUUGGUCGUUCGGGUGUAGGUAAAAGUUCGCUAUGCAAUUCGAUUCUCGGUCUUUCGCCUGAACAAACCGAAUCCGCUCCGGUUGGUGUGGUCGAAACAACUCUACUGCCGACGUCGUAUAAACUGACCGAAAAUGUCUUUCUCUGGGAUGUACCUGGUGUCGCAACGCCGACGAUUUCGAAAAGCGAUUAUUGUACACUAAUUGAUAUAAAUCGUUAUGAUAUGUUUCUAAUUUUAUCUCGCGGGCGUUUUACUGAAAUUGAUUUGUGGUUGAGUGAUAUUGUCCGAGAUCGUUUUAGCAAAACUCUUUUCUUCAUUCGAACCGGUAUCGAUGAAGAAUUACGAAAUCAUCGCCGCGAUUAUCCUACGAAUUUCAACAUCAUUGACGUGCUCAAUCUCAUUCGUGAUAAUUGUCUUCGCAAUCUCCAAGCCAAUCUCUCUGCGGUGGAUCUUUCCCUUUACCUGAUCAACACAAAAGACCCAACCAAAUACGAUUUUCCGAAGCUAAUCGAUGAUAUUAUGAAGCAUAUUAAUAAUGAGAAAGAUAACUGUGAAAUCACGCUAAUUAAAGACGAUCGAGAACAACAAGCAACAGCAACAGUAUCUCUCCCGGUAACUGUUCUACAAACAGCACAAACAGUCGUAACCAAAUGGGCACGAUUCGGUCUCGUUUCUUAUCUGUAUGAUAAAUAUACAAAUAAAUGA